GCUGUAAUGUCUACAUACAUAUACGCAUGCAUGCGUGCAUUGGAAGGGUGUACAACACACACAUAUUUCGAUAUUAAAACAGUAUUGUACAGCAUUUAAUAUGAUAAAUAAAUUGUCUAUUUCACAGCGAAUUAGUCAGGGAUCAUAAAAAACGUAGAGAAGAGGGAAAAACGGGUAUAGAGAGGAGCUAAAGUAACGCAUUACACUAUGUAUGCUUUAUAGCGGAGAUUUCGUUAAUUCUUUGGUUUGCGAAUUGAGAGCUAUUACAAUUGAAAAAUUCUCAUCCCUUUCCAUCAGCCAUCGAGAAUUUGUAUUAUUUCACUUCUUACUUGUUAAGCAUAAAAUAUAAUGAAUGCUUAGAGAAUUACUCUUCUAAUGUAGAUAGCGAUAGAUCAGUAAUAAGUAAAGUAUUUAUACAAAUAAUGAGCGGUCUCGGUCCGGCGGCAUGCUGGCUGGCGCAUAAACGCCUUGAAUCAUGGUCACGCAUGGCCAAAGAACGCGUCGGCGCUGUUAGACGUGUUACUUUAGAUCGCAACUCGGAAGAAUUACCUUCAACAUCGGCUAUCGUCAAUGAUGACGACACAAUGGCAAGUAGUGCGGCGGCGAUCUUAACUAAACAACCAGCUCUACCCAUGACACCACCACCAUCGGCCUCGUUCAUAAUGUCGACUACUAGCGAUAUUGAUAGCGCAAAUGAUAGUUGCGAUUUACAAGCCGAUAUGAAACAGGAAAUUAAUUUCGCAAAAGAAUCGCAGCCGGUACAACCAGCUUCCCAAGCAAACGCAACGCAUACCGCAAACGCUGAUGUUUUACGAGGACAUUCGGAGGUUUUGAAUAGUCCUUUGCAUUUACAUCAUCAAAAUCGUUCGUUUACCCCUAGGCUUAAACGAACACCAUCCAUUUCCAGCCAAAGUAGUGUUGAUAGCGCUCCAUCUAGGCAAUCGUGCCAUCGGGGCUCUUCUCCACAGAUACGCACUUUCGGUCCCGAUGGGCGUAUUUCCUUACCUACAGAACCGGCAUUCCCCUAUUACUUAUCACGUACUUCCAGUCCUAUGCGUACAAUAUCUUUAGAUGCCCGUACUUCUAACCAAGUGGUUACAGAAAUAAAUGAUAUGCGUAACUCGAGUACAUCUCAAAAUAAUUUGCCAAGCUGCUCCAUUAACAAUACAAGUCCUCCUUAUUGUUCGAAAAUAGCAGGAGGACGUUGCAUUUCACCUCUCUUAAUACCACCUCGUUUGCCAGCCAACGUUGAUCCCGCUUUAGGGCCAGCUUCACCUCUGGGAGCUAUACAACCCGACCUGUACAAAGGCCCCGACGGCCCAAUAUAUCUAAAUGCGCCCGAAACCAAUCCAGCAUUGGGCAGACUCCAUUUGCGCAUUAAAUAUGAUUAUCAUCUAUUUGAUCUAACCGUGCAUUUGAUUGAAGCGCACAAUUUGUGUCCCAUUGAGGAAGGAGGUUUUCGCGAUCCUUAUGUUCGUUUAUUUCUAGAGCCUGAAGUAGACAAACGUAAACGCCAAACAAUAAUACAUCGCGGCCAAAGUAACCCCUAUUUUGAUCAGCAUUUCAAAUUCCCCGUCUCACGAGAUCAAUUGCAUGGCAAAGAAUUAACUUUGCAACUAUUGGACUACGAUCGCUAUUCGCACAAUGAUGUCAUAGGCGAAGUGAGAAUAUGCAUUGAUGAAUUGGAUGUAACAAAAUCAAUAGAGAUCUGGGGUGAUUUAUUGCGUACUAAAAAGCCUCCAGAAGAUCGUCCAGAGCUUUUAUGUUCCUUAAACUAUUUACCGCAAGCUGAACGCUUAACAAUAGUUAUAAUGAAAGCCAAAAAUUUGGAUACUGUACAGGAAACUUAUAUUAAGAUUUAUUUAAUACAAAAUGGCAAGCGAGUGAAAAAGAAAAAAACCACUAUCAGUCGUUCCGAUGACGCCGCUAAUCCAAUAUGGAAUGAAGCAUUUACUUUUAAUUUGCAGUCAUCCCUUCUAACGCAUGCAGCUAUCGAGAUCUAUGUGGUCAACACCGGGAGUGAAAACCAGGAGAUUGGCAGCAUUGGGUUGGGUCCUCAAGAGUUUGGCACGGGUUGUCAACAUUGGCAUGAUAUGAUUAACAAUGCACGCAAACCGACAGCCAUGUGGCAUUUUAUACGUUAAAUGAUGAAAAAUACACCAACAAUAUAUAUAUAUAUAUAUAUACAAA